GUUCAUUGAUCCAUGAUGCUGAGAUACUUGCUCCAAACUUUGAGAUCCUACUCAAUUAGUCACGUCAGGUGAGAGAGCAAUCAAGUUGCUCAUUGUCUGGUCAGACACGCUCAGCAUAAUAGUGAUCCUUAUGUAUGGCAUGAAGAAUGUUCUAGUGUUAUUCAGAGGUGGAUGUUAAAAGAUGUAUCCAAUUUUUACAACUAUAAGAAUCCAGGAUUAUCCCUUUAGCUGCCAAAACCCCCAAAAUUUAAACAAACCCUUCUCAUUCUCAUUCUCACUCACAGGCACAGUGAAUCGGAAGCUGAUUCGAGCUACUACCAUGAAGGGUCAGAGGAGGGAGUCCAUGGAGGAAGAAAAAGAAGAGGAGAGGAAAUCAGAGAGGCAGAGAAGAGAGAGAGCAGAGAGGGCAGAAAGGAGAGAUGUUCUGAGAGCGAGACCUUGCGGUUGCGGUGGGAGUUCAUCCCUCUCUUCUUCUACUGAUGACUACAAAGACAUAAUUAGCAGUCUACCGGACUGUCUCCUCAUCCAUAUCUUCUCCUUUCUCCCAACCCGAGCCUCAGUCGCCACAAGCAUUUUAUCGAGCAGGUGGAGGUCUCUUUGGAAACUCGUCCCAGUUCUCGACUUGGACCAGCGCUUGCUUUUUACUCGAUUAGACACAGAUUACCCAGGCCCAACGAGGACCAACUCAAAUUUCAGCUUCCUGGAUGCAGUGUCCAACAUCUGGGCUCUUCGCAAUGCCAUUCCCUUAAGCAAGUUGCGCCUUCAUUGGACUUCCAAUUGUGACUCAUUUCUUGUCGAUACAUGGGUCCAAGAUACCCUUCUACGUGGCGGCCUGCAAGAGCUCGAUCUCUACAUAUCUACUGGUCCUAAUCCACCUUUGGAGAUGCCUACCACUCUCUUCUUUUGUUCAACAUUAGUCUCCCUCAUAUUGACAGGUGCGAUUCUUCUCAAUCCUCCUGCUUCUGCUUCUGCUUCAACUUUCCCAAGUCUAAGGAUUCUUGUAAUUGGAGGUGUUCAAUAUGCAAAGCAUAACUCUAUCUCCACACUCCUUGCCGCCUGCCCUGUCCUCCAAGAUUUGAGCCUCAUAGUGUCUACUAGCAAUUUUAGUGGUUUGGGCGAGUGUGCAGGCAAGGUCAAUGUCAUUGUACUGAUACCCACGCUGAAAACAUUGUAUGUACAAUGGUCUGCUGAUGACUGUUGGCUUUACAAACUCCAGAUAAACACCCCGGCUCUUGAGUGGUUUCGUUUCGUAGGUGGUUUGGGUGAGGAUGUUGUGUUGGAAAACCUCCCCAACCUAGUUGAAGCAGUCAUUGAACUUGAAGAUGAUGAUUUAAAUUCUGUAGAUUAUGCAAAGAGGGUUUUGGACUUCUCAAGACCACUCCUUAACGUUCAAUCCUUGAAAUUGAGUAUAGAAGACGCAGAGAUCUUCUGCAAUCCUUAUGAGGAUGGUAUUCCCAUGUUUCAUAAUUUGUCUUCCUUGAUGUUUUAUGGUGAACUUCAUCCUGAUUGGUUUGCAUGGGAUGUAGUACUACUCAUGCUUUGUCAGGCUCCAAAGCUACAAAUACUUGCCUUUAAAUUGACACUCGAGGAUCAAUCUUACCGUUCUGAUUUCAAACGUCACUACCACUUGAAGGAGGAAUUUUAUGUUCCUGAAUGUCUGUCAUCACACCUUACAACCUUUUACUAUAAAGGCUUUUCAGGGCAUGGGAUUGAGAUGGAACUUGUUAGAUAUGUCUUGAAGGAAGCAAAAGUAUUAAAGACAAUGAAAAUCACUAUUGAAAGUAAUCUAGGUUCAAAGGCGAAGCAUCGUAUUCACAAGAAAUUAAUGAAUUUUCGAAGGAGCUCUCGUACUUGUCAAAUUGAAUUUGACGAAGGACAUCUUGAUUUGUAUCCUCAUGCAGUAUUAGUUUUAUGAGAAUGCCCUUUAUUUUUUGCGGCUUUCAUUUGAAACUUUAUUGGAUUCAAGAUUAGAAUAUUUGUUUAAUGGUGAAAUUUCCUUUCUCUC